GUGUCGGUGGGGAGCGGCGGCGGCAACGCUCGGCGGCAGCAUGUCGAAGGUCACCUUUAAAGUAACGCUCACCUCGGACCCGCGGCUGCCCUACAAAGUGUUAAGUGUGCCUGAAAGUACACCUUUCACAGCUGUCUUGAAGUUUGCUGCAGAAGAAUUCAAAGUUCCUGCAGCAACAAGUGCCAUUAUAACAAAUGAUGGAAUAGGAAUAAACCCUGCACAGACAGCAGGAAAUGUAUUUCUAAAGCAUGGUUCAGAUCUACGGAUUAUUCCCAGAGAUCGAGUUGGGAGUUCUUAACGUCUACUGAAAGCUUUGGAAUAAAUGACGUUGCCAUGCAGCAAAAGUCUAUUUAUUUUGGAACUCCAAAAUGCAACUAAUGAAUUGGCCUUUUUUGAAGCUAGCAAAAAUGACUUCCCAGGAUUUUAUUUUUUCUAAACAAAGAUCAGGUUUCAUUUUCUUGUUAAAAUAUAUUAACUUAUGCACUGAUUCUUCCUUGGCUAGUAGAAGAAUGGGCUGAUUCCAUGUUAUGUUCCUGAAAGAAAGAUGGAUUUCUCUAUAGGUGUUACUGACACCACAAGGGUAAACACACAGCCAUGAUCAAUAGAUAUUUAAAAUACUGGAUAUUGUUGGGCCUACUUUGUGGAAGGGGGAACUGUGUUACGAUUUUGCUACAAAGAAAUUGUUCCUACAGAGUG